AUGAACUGGGAUAAAAUAUUAGCUAAAUUAGUUGAUCGUUUACCAUCACAAGAUCAUAAAAAUGAUAAAAAAGUUGUUCGUAAAGCUCGACAUCGAUAUGAACGUCCAUCAAAACUUCAUGCUGAUAUAGCACAAAAACGUGCUCGAGUACAUGAACAUCAUCAUUUCGAAUCACUAAAAAUAAUGUAUUCAAAAUUUGUUUCUGAUGUGUUACAAUUACAUAAUUAUUAUCGUGCACGUCAUUCAGCAUCACCAUUAACAAUUAGUCAACGAUUAAAUUAUAUAGCACAAAAAUAUGCUGAACAUUUAGCAGCAACAUCAAAAUUUGAACAUAGUGGAAAUAGAUUCGGAAAUGAAUCUUUGGGAGAAAAUCUUUAUAUGCAAUGGAUUUCUCAUGGUAAAGUUCCAGUUAGUGCAAAAGAAGCAACAAAACAUUGGUAUGAUGAAAUUGAAUUAUAUGAUUUUAAACGUCCAUAUUAUUCUGAAGAUACAGGACAUUUUACACAAAUGAUAUGGAAAUCAACAGAAAGAAUGGGUGUUGGAUUUGCUCUAUCAGCUGAUGAACGAGAAGUUUAUAUAGUUGCAAAUUAUUAUCCAGCAGGAAAUAUUAUAAAUCCUGGUUAUUUUGAAAAAAAUGUUUUACCAGCGAAACAUUAA